ACCAUGUACGAGCUCAAUGAAAGCAGCUUCGACCCCAUCACCUUCGUCCUGACCGGUAUCCCGGGCAUGGAGGAGUCCCACAUCUGGAUCUCUGUCCCUUUCUGCCUGAUGUACAUCACUGCACUGUUCAGCAACUCCGUCCUGCUCUUUGUCAUCGCCACGGAGCGGAGCCUCCACGAGCCCAUGUACCUCUUCCUCGCCAUGCUGGCUGUGUCCGACCUGAUGCUUUCGACCACGACGGUGCCCAAAAUGCUGGCGAUCUUCUGGUUCAGCGCCCGGGAAAUUUCCUUCGACGCCUGCGUUACUCAGAUGUUCUUCACCCACUUCAGCUUCAUCGUGGAGUCGUCCGUCCUGCUGGCCAUGGCCUUCGACCGCUACGUGGCCGUCUGCGACCCGCUGCGCUACCCGUCCACCUUGACCCCCUCGGUGAUCGGGAAGAUCGCGCUGAGCGCCGUGCUCCGGGGCUUCUGCAUCAUGUUCCCUCCCAUCUUCCUGCUGAAACGACUGCCCUACUGCGGGCACAACGUCAUGCCCCACACCUACUGUGAGCACAUGGGCAUUGCCCGCCUGGCCUGCGCCGACAUCAGGGCCAACGUCUGGUACGGGCUGACCACGGCACUGCUGUCCUCUGGGCUGGACGUGGUGCUCAUCGCCAUCUCCUACGGGCUCAUCCUCAGGACCGUCUUCCAGCUGCCAUCCCCCGAGGCUCGCCUCAAAACCCUGAGCACCUGCGGCUCCCACCUCUGCGUCAUCCUCAUGUUCUACACGCCCGCCUUCUUCUCCUUCCUCACGCACCGCUUUGGCCACAGCAUUCCAGGCCACGUCCACAUCCUGUUGGCCAACCUCUACGUUGUGGUCCCACCGAUGCUCAACCCCAUUGUGUACGGGGUGAGGACGCGGCAGAUCCGCGAGCGCGUGGUCCGCCUGCUCUGCCCUGCAGGGCAGUGUCCCCAUCCUGGCUGUGGGAGCUGCUGCUGA